UAAAAACUUGUUUUUUUUAUGGCAAUUCGAAGACCCACAGUAAUCCUAUUCAUAUAACUAGUUCGUUGCUGCCGGACCUUAAAACCCGGUAGAUUCGACUCCAUCGGAUUGACCUGUGGAGAUUUGUUCACCAGUUUUUGUGGAUAUUGUAGUUAUUCUCAUGUCUUCAUAUCUUAACAGGAUUUUUGUUAUUCGGUGACAAAAAUAUAUUGUUCCUGGGGGAGUGUUUUUGAUAACAUGUCAGCUAAUUUUAUGUAUUCCAAUACUGCAUUAUCUUCCCUCAUACCACAUCAACAGCAACAGCACAUAGUUACUCAACGUAGUCGGUCAGCUUCAACGUCUAACGCUGGACCAAAUGUUCACACACAAUAUCAAGUUGCUCUCUCACAACCUUAUCAAAACCUUGGCCCUAUGGAUGGGUCGUGGACUCAGACGCAGGGAAUGUAUGUCAAUGGGUUAAAUAAAAUGAUUAAUGUAUUUCCCGGGCAAAGCAUGACAGAUAUGGAACAAACACCAAUCAGUCAGUCAAGUGAGAAUUAUAAAUAUGCACCCAACAUCAAACUAAAUGAACUAAAUUCAAGAUCUUGUACUCAUUCUUUCCAACCAUCAAACGGAAAUACUGGUGGGAAUCAUGGAUCUAUUACUCUGGGAGCCCAACAGGUUCAUUUUGCUGUCGCGGCUACUCCCAAUGGUUUAGUUCAGCCACAUACAGGCCUACAAAACCCGUCUACAUCAAUACGUUCUGAACAAACUGGUGUCCUUCAUCCAAACGCUCAACAUCCAUCUGGCUCUUUAGGUCAACCAUUUCUUAUUCCGGGAAUUGUAGGGCAACCGACUAUAAGAACAUUGACACAGGAUAACUUAUCUCCAGCAUACAGAGAAUCUGGAUCCACUCAACCACUUUUAACAUCUGGUUCAAAGCAAGUAAAUAAUCUUAAUACGAACAAUGCACGUGACCUACACCCUCGGAUUCUUGACGUUAAUGUAUCAAUGAACCAAUCAGCCUACGUGCCAUCUGUCCCAGUACAACAGCAUCCUGUUGUCUCACACCAUCAACUAUACACGAGUCCUACACUUCAGCCACCGUCGUUACAUGGGAUGGUAGAGUAUGUCCAAGCUGUCUAUCCUACUAAUCCAAAUGUUCAUGUUCCAUAUACCCAGCAAUCUGCAACCUUGUUUGGGCACUAUCCUGCGCAAAUGAACACUGGAUUCGACUCAACAAUGAAUACAAACUUUAAUUCACGUAUACGCCACAACACUUGGGCUGGUCUUGAAGAUAAUAUUUCCUCUGCUAUUAAUCAUGAUUCAUCUGCUAGGAAAAUAAAAAACGAAAAGGUUUUGGUUCCAAAUGACUUUCCAUCUACAGUCAACGAUUAUAAUUUGAAUUCACAUGGUUCAUUUACUCAAUAUACAGCCACUCCAUAUUUUUCUGGUUUCAACCAAUCAUCUUUUUACCAAACAGAUGGUCAAAAGCCGGAUAUCUCUAAAUUACCUGGUUCCGUUACAUUCCACCAUGGCGAAACACAAAAGCAUCCGUGUAGUUAUCAAAACCCCGCUUCUUUACAGUUCAAUUCCUCCUCAGCUAUGACUAACAAAGUAGAUUUCCCCAGUAAUGAUGUUUCAUAUAUGACUUCUGUUCCAGUAGGUCAACUGCCUUCAAGAUCGAAUUAUCAAGUUCAUAAUAAUUCAUACUUAUCAUCAGUUCCAUCUUGUAUACCAGUUCAAAGCAAUAAUAACUAUAUUGGCAGCAAUAACAAUCAUACUGUCUCUUCCCAUGCUUAUGUUUUUAAUUCUGAUAAUUCAAAAACGCUACAACAAUCAGUUUAUCCCACAAAAGAUAAUUAUCCACGCACAAUUCACAAACCUCGUGAGUGGAAUAAAUCUAAAGAUUCAAUCCAUUAUAAACCUCCAUCAAGUUCUCAUCAUUCUCGUUUAAACAAUACAAAAUCAAGAAACAUUAAGAAUUUCUCUUCAGACAAACAAGCUGGUUUUAAUGACCGUAAACCUGCUUCUAGUUCGAUAAACGAUAGGUUAACACAGACAGAAAAAAACACUAACUCUUUUACUGUUCAAACAACGUCGAGUUUCUUAUCCUCAGGUAGUCAAGGUCUCAUAUCUUCCUUAUCGACAGCUAACCAGGACUUUAAUCCAAACCACCAGCUGAAUACAAAACCCGUCCAUUUCGACUAUCCACAGGCCUAUACAAAUGUUCAUGGGACGGUAAACCAGACUAAUGAGCAGUGUGUUGGAGGACCACUAAAACAUUUGCAAAAUUAUCAACCAUCUCUGGCCAAUAAUAACCUACUGUCUAGUUAUGUACAAGGUCUUCCUGAAAAUCUGAUAGCUAGUCUGAAAUUAAGUGGUUUUCGCUUGGUUCUUGAUUCAUGUCCAACAAGAUUGUUACUUAGCACAUCAUUAGUUGGUUCGAUUAUUGGCCGAGGUGGUCGAACUAUUCGUCAGAUUACAACAAAAACGGGAGCUAAAAUUGGGAUGAAACAGGAUAUUAUCACUUUUUCACAGUUCUCUUUGCCUGGGAAAGGAAAAAAGACAUUCAAGUCGUCUGAUUCUAACGGUACCAAUCACAUUGCAAGUACCAACCAUUUUAGAGAAGAAGAAGGGGAAAAGGAAGAAACAUGUCAACCGCCUGACAGUAAAGAUACCUUUACAAAUGUUAAUGACAAUACAAAGGUUGAUCAGCCAUCAGAAACAUGUCCAAAUACCAAUACUGAAUCUAUAUUAACUAAUAAAUCUCAGUCCAGUUUAGAGGUUCAAUCAGACGAGAGUCAGCUUGCUAUUCUUUUCGGAUCAAGGGAACAGUGUUCAGCGGCAUUGUGUGAAAUUCUUACAAUAUGUUUUCGUGAAUCUAAACAUCGUGGUUUCUCUGAUCCUUGCUUAGGUCUACUUGUUGAACAGCAUAUCUAUGCGCAACUGAUAAUGAAUAAAGGAAAAAAAUAUUUCAAUGCUAUUCAUACUGCUACAGGCGCACGGAUAUCAGUAACGGGAACACCACUUCAAAUUCGUCCUUCUAGUGAUAAUGAACAAUGUAAUUUAGCUCCUACCGAUAGAGUAUUGGUUGUACGUGGUCAAUUACAUUCUAUUUGUGCCGCUGAAGCAUUUCUUAGUGAACAAAUUCGAUGGGCAACAAUUGAAUCGUCUAUUCCAACGAAUUUUUGGCCAUUACUCAAUCAUCUUCCUCCUCUUCCAAUGAAUAACAAUAAUAAUAAUAAUAGAUCAUCAAAAUCUUCCAAUUUAUCAUUUAGUUAUGAUCCACAAUCAGUAUGUUCAUUAAUUAUGUCAUUAGGAUCUAUAUUUUGGCCUCAAUCUGUAUGUGCUAAACUUGGAAAAAAUAAUAAUUUUCAAUAUUAUAAUAAACGAUCUUUAAUACGAAGUGUGACCACGCCAAAAAUUGACAAUACACCAUCUAAAAAUAUUUCUGGAAACAUUGAAAAUGAUAAUAAUGUUGACAAUGAAAACGAUCCGAAUAAACAAGAUCAAGACAAAAAUAUCAAUGAUGAUGAUCAUAGUGACAACUUGAAAACGAUCAAUGAUAGUGAUGAGAAAAAUGGGAUCAACCUCAAAACAAAAGACAGUAUUGAUAAUACAUUGAAUCACUCAUCAAUGAAUACUGAAUUGUCGGUUGAUGGUGGUGAUGAAGAAGAAGGAGAAGAUCAAGAUCAAGAAGAGAUACAUAAUUUAACUAUUGGUAGUAUUGUAUCAUCUGAUUAUGAACAAGAUAAAAAUGAAUCUACUGUUGUUUUAGAAAUGUCUGACGAGAAUAAAGAGACAGAACUGCAUUUACCAUCUAAUAAUUGUAUUGAUUCGGAAAUGCAAAAAUCGGAUAAACUAGAUCAAUUAAAACCUGAUCAAUAUGCAUUUGAACGCUUAACUCGUUCAACAAACCCUAAAGAAACUAAUCCUACUAUGGUGACCGCUGUUCAACAGUCAUUAAUUGCAGCUGUAGGUCCAAUAGCUUGGUUAGCUACCGGUGGUAUGCUUUAUAUGCGUGUUUCCUACAACGAAGCUGGUGCAUUGAUUGGAUCGGAAGGAUCUCGAAUUCAACAACUUAUGCAAGCUACAGGAGCUGAAAUACAUGUUGGCAAGGUUCCAAUAAGUCCACCUUAUGCAUUAAAUCCAACUCCUUCUAAACGUACUGAUUCAAAUAAUAAUAAUAAUAACAAUGUACAGUCUAAUGAAAAAUCACCAACAUGUAUAUCUCUUGUUGAUUCUUUCUUUAAUGAUGAUACUGUUACUACUAUAAACUGUGAUUCUUCAUCUAAUGUUAACAAUAAAAUUGAUCAAUCAUUAUCUAAAAUCAAUAAUGAUAAUAUUGAUGAUAAUACUACUGAUAAUAAUCAUAUUGAUGCUAAUCAAUCAAUCAAUAUUAUAAAUGAUCAAUUAUCUUCAAUGGAUAUCAAUGAAACUAAUGAUGAUGAGGAGGAGGAGGAGGGGGAUUCUACGAAACAACAACCCAAUGAUGAUGGUGUUAAUGAAGAAACCAUUUGUACAAAUAAAGUAUCUCUUGUAGACAAUGAAUGCACACAAAUGAUUUCUUCAAUGAAUAAUGAUACUCAUAUCAAUGAUAUUGCAGCUGAUCAAACAUCAGAUAUGAUAUCUAAUUGUUAUAAUCAUCAUCUAGUGAAAAGUUCUUCAAUACAUUCAGAUUGUACAGUUGUUGAAAAAAUGCCAGAUCAUCAGAUAUCGGAAUCUAUUGAACAAAAAACUUCUAAUAUCACUACUACAACUACUACAGUAACAUCAACAUCAAAUCAAUCAUAUCGUUUAGUUAGUUUAUCUGGUUCAGCUCAAUCACAAAUUAUGGCUCAAUGGCAAAUAUUUCAACGUCUUAAAAAUUUACAUAAACGUCAGAUGAUCACUGGCUCUUCAUCAAAUGAUAAUUCAAAUCAGAAAUUAUUUUGUUUAGCCACUUUAAUAUGUUUGCCGUAUCGAUUUCUCUGGUGGCUUACAACUCAUAAUCCUGGAUUCAUAGAAACAUCUCGAUCAUCCUCCGUUCUUACAUCGACUGUCUUCUCAAAGUUCGAUGACUCUGGUAAUACUAAUAAUAACAAUAAAUCUGGAACAUCUCCAUUGAAUUGGAUUCAAUCAUUAGCUAGUAGACGUUUAAAUGCAAAUUUAUCAUCAAAUGAUGCAGUUAAGAAAUUCAUUCAUGUACUACCUGAGCCUAGACGACGUAAACGUUUAGUUCAACAACAACUUAAACGAAUCAAUGCUACUCUGCGUGGCCAACAACAACAGUUAAACUAUACUGGCGGUAAUUGUUUAUCUAAAUCACUUAUUUUACCACCAAGAGAAUUAACUAAUGAUGGCCUAGAUCAGUUAUGGGCUCAUCCUAAUCGUAUACCGUUAGAAAUAUAUGCUGACUUUGAAACUACACAACUUAUUUUAACAAAUCUGCAUCAUAUGUUAGCCUUAUGGUUAUAUGGACAAUCUCUUGCUGGCACGUCUGUUCAAUCGUUUAUUCAAGCUCCUAUCGUAUAUGUACUGCCCAAUGGACGUCCAACUAAUAUAUCAACCUCGGAUUCAGCUAACGGUCGACCAUAUUCUAAAUCUAAUCGACAUAAUACAGAUCAACCUGAUUAUUGGACACUUAUGCCCGGUCGUCAAGAUGCUUUUUUAAAUUCUCUGAGACAACCAUUUCAUAUACCAUUGUUUCCUGGUGGUAUUCCGAAUUUCGGAUCUUCUACUGCAGGUGCCCCUAACUAUUCAACACCAAUGCUCCCAGACCGUUCAAACUGCACAAAUCUCGCUCAACCUUUUUUCUAUCCUCGAUAUCCUUUGAUCAAUUGGCAUGGUAUAGCCAAUAGCAAAUACUCAGGACAGACGAUGACAUCAGACCCUACCACAACAAGGCCUGUGCGUAUCGGACCUCCAACACUGUAUGGUUGUUGGCCGCGUGGACGCUUGAGUGAUACAAUAGAUGACAAACACAAUAUUGAAAUAGAUCAGUCCUGUUCACCAUCUACACGAUUUCCAUCGGCUGGUCCUUGUUACACGUUUAUCGCUAACCUACCUUUCCCACCACCGGUACGUCCACCUACAAGUUUAAAUCAUGUUCACACAUCUCAUUCACAAGUUGUUCCUGGUUCAGGUUAUCGUGGUUCAUCAAUUUCAUCUCAUCCUAAUAAAUUUAGAUUUCGUAAUCCAUGCAAUACUGGAAAUCAUUCAGUUGAACCAUUUAUUUUAAAUAGUAUGCCUUUAUUGGACACACCAAAUCAAAUUAAUCAUCAUUCAAAUUUUAUUCACAAUUCAAAACAAACAAUUCAUAGUACAAUAAAUGGGGAUAAAAAUCAAGGAAUACGCACAAAGCAGAAUUUACAAGAAUCACGACGGAAUAAAGAAGAUUUAGUUGUCGGUGGUGAUAGUUAGAUUUGAUCAGACAGUAUCGACACCCCCCCCCAAUAUCUUUUUCAUACUUAUUUGUUUGUUUUGUUAAUUUUCAUCUUUGCUCACUUACACUUUCAUCUUAUAAUCAUGAUUGUGAAUAAAUGAAAAAUCAAACAAACCUUCUGUGAAUAAACACACACACACACAAUCAUUAGUAAUUUUUGUUAUCAUUUUGUCCUUUUCUCAAUAGCCGAAUACCCAACAUUUUGUAUUCAUCUUAUUUUUUAAUACUCUCCCUUCCCGUCUCACCUUGAUUUAAUAUGAUUACUGUUUUCUUCUUCUCUAUCACUUGUUCUUUUUUUUGUAAAUCCUAUUGAACUCUAUUCCCCUUUAGCUCUAUUCGUGUUUCGGUUUUAAUCCUUGACUUUAGUCUCUUCAUUCUCUACUAUUAUAUGCGUGGAGUACACAUGUUUUUUGAUUGGAUAAAGUGUUCAUCCGUAAACAGUUGGAUAAUAAUCAUGUAUACUAAUCAUGAGAAUUUCUUAUUAUGUAAUCUCACUUUGUUGUUUUUUAGAGGAUUUAUAUAUUUGAUUCCAUUGACUUGUUCACUUUUAUCUGUCUUUCUUUCUUUAUCAUGGUUUACUUACUCUUCACUCCGUUUCUCUAUCACCUACUCUUUGUUAUCCUUAUUGUUCUGCUCAGUUUUCGUCUAGUAGUUCUCUUGUGUGUGUGUGUGUGUGUGUGGUUUACUUCAUUUCUUUUUAUUUUCGCUUUUUCACUCUCUGAUUAUUGUUUUCUCUGAACUUGAAAAACUUAUGAUGUGUAAGAGAUGAUGAUUAUGAUUGUGUUGAUUAAUAGAUGUGUUCGAACAGAAGAAAAUGGUUAUGUGUUUGUAUAUUUACACGUUAAACAAGGUUUACACUUUACCCCUUCCCUUCUAUACUCUACCCACGAUUAUAAACUGUUCUUUCCUGUGUGUAAACAACUAGUUUUCUUUUGUUGUAACUCACCUCAUCUUUAAACUUCACAUUACCUCUGUUGAACUUCAAUCCUUCGUUUUCUGUGUUAACCGUACCCUUAGUUCUAUUCGUUUCUUACUCCCCUUUUUUCCCACCUUACAUAAUCUUUUUUUUCAUAGGAAUCAAAAAAAAAACAAGAACAAAUUAAGCUCAAAUCACACUUAAUUGUAGACCAACCGAUUUUUUUUUCUUCGCUCAUAUGUGCAGCUAACAACAAAGACAACACCCUUGUUCUCUCAUAACUAGUAUAAUUUAGUUGAUAACUACAUUUUCUUGUUAUUGCUCUUUACUGCUCAUUAUUAAUUGUCAAAAAUAAAUAAAUCAGUGUAUUGAUAAAAAUGUUUAUGAUUAUUCCAUCCCCCUCCUAUCCGACUUCAUUUGUGAUUAUACUAUAAGUGUGUAUCUGUUUGUUUGUGUAUUGUGUUGCGUUGUGUUGUAUUACAUGAAAGUAAGAGACCUCCCGGUGUUGUCUUUCACAUAUUUAUGCGAGCAUACUACUAACACUACUACUUUGAAAGAGGGAGAGAGAGAGAGAGAAAAGGAACACUAAACACCCUUAUGUACAUUUAUUUGUGCCUUGAGUAAAAGAACAAAUUAAAGGUUAUACCACCAUUAAAUGAAAUGAAACAUCUUAAAAGUAGAUAUUUCAUGUGGAUUAUCAACAAACAAUAUAGUCGGAUAAUUCUCAUUUAGUUACCAUAUUAUCAUUAUCUCAUUACGGUUAGUAACAUACUUCUCUUGUUUACAUAUGUGUGUGUAUACAUUUUUUGUGUGUGUCUUUACUCUCUUAUAUUCCUAUCCUAUAUUUAUCCCCACCUCCACCUUUUUUUCUUUUCUAUUUUACUCUUCAGUUUUAAAAAUAAAUAAAUAAAAAAUUUACUCUUUUUUUUAAAAAAAAAUAUGGUGUUUAGACAAUUUGUGCACGAUAUAAUUUUUUUAUUAUUCUAUUCAAAGAAGAAAAAAAUGGAAAAAAAUAAUUUUUGUUCUCAAUUUUAUUGAUUGUUUCGGUUAUUGUUAUGAAUGAGUAGUAGUAUGUGAAUGAUGAUGAUUAUUAUUUUUCUUGCAAAAUAAAAUCUACCGUUUCCAGGAGAGGAAUGUUGGUGAAUAAGGAUGAUAUAUCUAAUGAUAUCAUUAGGUCCUACCAUGCCAGACAGGU